UUUUUUUUCCCCUUCCUCUCCCUCUCUCUUUUCCUCUUCUUCUCAUGAUCGCAAAGUUCGACGCCCUUCUCUCUUUUCCAAGCGGGAUAUGCGGGUCAACCUCAGCCCAAAGUUGGCGUCUAGGCCCCCAAUGUUUGCAGCAGACUAGUGACUUCCACCCUCCCACCCGACUAACUAUAGGACAGAACGCUCACUAACUGGUAGUACUGACCUAAACUAACCGUAUCGUAGUUAAGAUCCAAGACCAAUUGGCCUUAUUAGCACGUCACGAUGAAUUUUCCAGACGACUUUAUUACGGAAUUUAAUAUAAUUGGAAUUAACACUCGAAUUGAGAUCAUGGUAUGUCGGUUACACCUUGAAUGAAUGUCCUAUUGUCAGGCAACAUUCUUCAAACAAAGCUUGCUCCAGCAUGACUCAAUAAUGCUCUUUCCCCCCUCCCCUUGCACAAAAGCUUCUCCCCGCUCCAGGUCAACCCCGAUUUUCUUCACGAGAAGAGAACGAGAUGAACAGAGCACUCGAAGCCACCCUUCCCUCUCCAUCUUCGGAUGCCUCCCAUGGCUUCCGGUGGCACACGCACACAGACACACACAGAGGUUUAGAAUCGAUAUUUCCACUGCGUUCAUCACGGUCCCUGCACGGGCAGGGCCCACUCGAGUUUUUCCAUUUUGGGACCCGCAAGCGAGAAUCCUCUCUCACGUGUGGUAUGGUAAUACCGGCGCGUACGGGUAAAGCUGAGCAUCAACAACCGGACCAUUCCGUCACGACUUUGAACCAGACCAGAACCCGGUAUUGUGGUCUCCAAAGACCCAUCGCUGCACUGACACUGACAGGAUCCGUACCUUCGCAAGGACUGCCCAAUGGCUUGGACCCUCCCUGCAGAGCAGGCAUAACGGGCUUUUUUUUUUCUUCUUUUUUGUCG